GUGUUAAAAUGUUCCCGGUCAAAGUGAUCCUACAAUUCGUCCUCAUUUUAAUAUUUUUUGACACGUUUCUCUUCGGAAAAGCAGAUGGGAUGUUCGAUAAGAUAAAAACUGGUUUUCGAUACGCGAACGAUUACUUAGAAAUCGUCAAGGACGUAGCCAAUCUUGUAUCUCAAAGUUUGAAUCCUGAAAAGGAAGAAUCUUCUAAACGUGGAGAUCACGAAGGAGAUGAGAAAAAUCAAGAUUUUGGUCCGACCAACGUAAUCUCAGCAUUCUUCAGAUUACUCGGUCUUGAUUCACAAAAGAUCGCAGCUAUUGCAGUGAACAGUGUCAUUUUUCUCGCACAAAUGAUCAGUUCUCUUUUCGGAUUACCAUCGGUGAAAGACAAUAAAGUUGAUCGAUCCAUUGAAACUGAGUCACCUUGGGAUCCACUGAAAUUUAUCCUAGAGAAUAAAAAUGAUAAAAUGACAAGAUUGAUCGAGGAGGCUCGAAACGAGGCACUUCCGGAUCGAUUGAUGGACACAAUAGAUGGUUUCGAUUCAGCCUGCAUCAGAUUGUUACUUUGUAAAGCAUCUAUAGUGAUCAGAUCUGCUCAAGAGUCUCUGAAGAAGAAGAAGUCAAACGGGAUUCGUUCGUUUACCGCUUGGCUUCCGUCUAAAGAAGACUUCGAGAGGAACUCCGAUGAGUGUGAGGACAAAUACACAGAUUGUAGAUUAUUUCCGGAAUCAUGAGUUCAAGGAAGACGAGGAGAGAUAGAGAGAGAGAGAGAGAGAGAGAGGAGAGAGGAACAGAGAAAGAGAAAGACAGAAGAUCCAAAGAUCCUGAAAUAAAAUCUCCAACAAUGUGUCUAUUAUUAUUUUUUUGUUUACUUCAUUCUCUUACGGACGCUAAUGUUUCAUAUUCACUUUGUACAGAAUUUUUCAUCGAUUCAGAUGUCAAGAGGAUUUGUCACAUUAAAACUGUGCUUUUACUGUCGAAAUUUAAAUAAUAUCGAUACGUAGAUCUCAUUUUUUUUUUUUUUUUUUUUUUUU